GAUCAGCAUCAGCCAGCCACACACUGACUAUUCCUCCAUCACACACUCACUACUAUAUAUACACACACACAGUCACUUAGUGACUGAAGCUGCUCACUGAAACACACACAUUAAUUCUGCUUUAUUUUCAUCCUCAUCAUCAUUGUCGUCGUCUGUCGUCCGUCAUCCAUCAUGCACAGCAAAGAACAGAUCAGUCAUGACGAGUACCAGAAAACAGCUGACUGGUUGAUGUCUCACACGAAGCACCGCCCCCAGGUGGCGAUCAUCUGUGGGUCUGGACUGGGCAUGCUCGCUGACACCCUCAAGUGUCAGGAUUCCUUCGCUUAUUCUGACAUACCAGGCUUCCCUCAGAGCACAGUGCAGGGUCAUGCAGGUCGACUGGUUUUUGGGGAACUGAAGGGGAAGACGUGCGUGUGCAUGCAGGGUCGCUUUCACAUGUAUGAAGGACACUCACUCUGCAAGACAACAUUUCCAGUUCGAGUCUUCAAGCUGUUGGGGGUGGAGACUCUGAUUGUGACAAAUGCUGCCGGCUCAUUGGCGGACGGCCUCCAGCCUGGUGACAUCAUGAUCAUCAAAGAUCACGUUAACUUCCCUGGAAUGGUCGGUCUGAACCCGCUGUGUGGACCCAAUGAUGACAAGUUCGGCCCCCGUUUCCCGGCCAUGUCAGGCUGCUAUGACAAAGGCCUGCGUUGCCUAGCGAUGGAGAUCGCCAAGGAGCACGGCGUGGCCAGCCUCAUGCAGGAGGGAGUGUACGCAAUGGUGGGAGGGCCAAAUUUUGAAACCAUCGCUGAGGCCAGACUGCUGCAUCGACUGGGGGUGGACGCUGUCGGAAUGAGUACGGCUCCCGAGGUCGUUGUGGCGACUCACUGUGGUCUCAGAGUCUUUGGCCUCUCUCUGAUCACCAACAAGGUGGUGAAGAGUUAUGAGGACAAGGACAGUGUGAAUCAUGAGGGUGUACUGGAGGUUGGCCGGCUGCGUUCUCAAACUGUGCAGCAGCUGGUGACUGAACUGGUCAGCAGGAUGGAGAUCAAUAACAACAAUAACACCAAUAAUGCUGUCUGAACACACACACACACACACACACAAAUAUUGUGUAUAUAUUUGAAUAUUGUGUUUACAACAUUUUUUUAGAGCUUCCUCCUCUUUUAGUUUCUCAUCCUUAUUUUGUAUCUUUGCUGUAAUAAAAACCUUAUUUAUAUCACCAUGGUGCCUAAUAAUUAUCUAUCAGGGUAAAUCUGAAUGUAAGUAUUCAUUUGUGAUAUUUUAUUAAUCCUAAAGAUUAAUUUAAUGAUGACCACUGUGUUGAUGGUGCUUUCAUAUAAAACAAAUAUGAGACAAAGAUUUUCUUUUUUUCUCUUGUACAUUGUUGAGUUAUGGAAUUUUGUUUUGUAAGAAAAAAACCACUGACUUCUUGAUCCAUGAUAAUCUAAUUAAACUAUGCUGCCAACC